UUCCCGCGCCAUGGAGCGGCUGUCGUUGCCUCCCGGCGGCGCGGCCGCAGUGGACGAGUACGUGGAGUACCGCAGAAUUGUUGGUGAGGAUGAUGGGGGGAAACUUUUUACUCCUGAAGAAUAUGAACAAUACAAAAGAAAAAUUUUACCUCUGCGUUUACAGAACAGAUUAUAUGUGAGCUGGCGAUCACCAACUGGUAUGGAUUGUAAACUCGUGGGCCCAGAGACAUUAUGUUUUUGUAUACAUAGGUAUAAACAACAUAAAACCGAUUUUGAAACGAUUCCACAGCAGCGCCCCAUCAACCUGCCUUGUCAAGUGCCAGGCUGCCAAUGCCAGGCCUACUGCUACAUCCCUCUGAAUGGCACGAGGCCCCUUCGCUGUAGGUGCAAACACUUUUCUGACCAGCACAGUGCUGCUCCUGGCUCUGCGUGCAAUGCUUGUUCCAAGUGUUCCGGAUUCCACAGUUGCUUCACCUGUGGUUGUGGUCAACCUGCAUAUGCCCAUGACACAGUAGUGGAAACUAAGCAAGAAAGACUGGCUCAAGGCAAACCAGUCGGACAGGACGUACCUUAUGCAGCAAUGGGAGGAUUAACAGGAUUCAGCUCACUGGCUGAAGGCUAUAUGCGCUUGGAUGACAGUGGAAUUGGUGUAUCUUCAACUGAAUUUUUAGACUUUCCAAAUACAUCCAUGGACCACCCAUUUCUAAAAUCAUUUCAGACAUCUUCUAGUUCUCAAGAAACACAGAAAGCAGGCACAAGUAAUCAAGUUUCUUCUUUAAGGAGACCUGAAGAGGAUGAUAUGGCUUUCUUUGAAAGACGAUACCAGGAAAGGAUAAAAAUGGAAAAGGCUGCUAAGAAGAAAGGAGAAGCACCGUUGCCAUCAUCCACAAAAGCUUCACAAAAGACUGGAAAAUGA